AUGAAUUUGAGUCAGCUAAUAUCCUUCGGUAACAACUCAGCAGUGGCACUAAAGGACAUAGUUGGAUCUAAAAUAGGUUUACUAUGUAAACCUAACCCUAACCAAACACAUGCACUUCCAAGCAUUAUAUCAUAUUCAGGCAUUCUCAUUCUACUAUGUGGGGCAUAUAAAUUAUGUGAAAAGAAAAAAGAGAAGACCGUUUUACCAGUUCAGGGCAAUGUGAACAGCGUGCAAAAUACGAACGAGUCCUUGGAUCAACAUGAACAAAAUGUUCAAGAUGCAACCGUUGGUGGAGAAGAGGGAGAUGGAGAAGGAGAAGAUGAAUUAGGGGAAGGAUUAACAGAAGGAAUAGAGGAAGGAUUAUUGGGAGAAUUAGGGGAAGGGUUGGGGGAAGAAUUAGAUGAAGAAUAUGGAGAAGAAAUUGGCGAACAAUUUUCUGACGACCUUGGGGAAGAAUAUAACGAGGAAUAUGGGGAUGAAUAUAACGAGGAAUAUGGAGGAGAAUAUAUCGAAAAAUAUGGGGAUGAAUAUGGAGAAGAAUAUGGAGACGACGAGGUCAACCAACACGAUGAUGAAGAAGCCAAUCAAUAUGGUGAUGAAUAUGAAGAAUACAACAUACUCAAAGAUGAUCAGGUCACUGUAGACCAGGCAAUGGAAUUGUAG